CACACUCGUCUCGAGGCUCAAAUUCUCCAAAGCUCUAUCUAGUUUUCUGAUUUUGCUCUCGAGUCAUUCAUUCCGGGAUCAUGCCUUCUUCAACUCCAUCUGGCAUAAGGUGACUAGCAAUCAUCGACAAGCCCAGUGAUUCAUUUCCUCCCAGGAAACAAGCCCAGUUUCGGCCUCACGCAAGCACAGAGGACGAGAUGGCGUCCUCACCACCACAUCCGCAGCCAAUGGCGUCUAGACAAUACCAAACCUCCCUCCUCACUGCCCAGCAUUGUACAGGGCACGUCCACCUCAUUCUCGGCGCAAACCCCCUCGCAGCAGCACGCGCCUCUUCCUCCCUCGCCGCUGGCGCAAAACCUAUCCUCAUCUCGCCCUUUCCAUCAUCAUCAUCAUCAUCACUAUCAUCAUCACCAUCUCCUGUUCCAGCUUCUGCAUCCCCAGAACAACAACAACAACAUCAUCAUCAUCAUCAUCAACCGCCACAACAACAGCAAUACGAACCACAACCUCAGCUCCACUACAGCUUGACGGCCCUCAUCGCCGCUGGUUCUCUCACCCACAUUUGCCGGGCCUUUACCAAGGCCGAUCUCUUCACCCUCGGCCGCGAAGACGUCGACGGCGUCGUCGAUGCCGUCUUCAUCACCUCGCCGCUGCCCUCCCCGCCAUCUCGCGCGGAGGCCGAAACGGAGGAAGCGCCGCUCGACGCCGCGGCCGUGGCCGCGCUCUGCAAGCGGCACCGCAUCCCCGUCAACGUGGUGGACGCGCCCGAGCUGUGCUCCUUCAGCCUGCUCAGUGUCCACGCCGACGGCCCGCUGCAGGUCGGCGUCACCACCAACGGCCGCGGCUGCAAGCUGGCCGGGCGCAUCCGCCGCGAGAUCGCCGCCUCGCUGCCGCCUGGCCUGGGCGCCGCCGUCGAGCGGCUCGGCGGCCUGAGGAGGCGGCUCCUGCUGAUGCAGCAGCAGGAGCAGCAGGAGCAGAAGGCCGAUGGUGGAGGAGAUGGCGGGGCGAUGACGACGACGACCACCGCCGCCGCCACCGUUAUCGGCGGGAGCGGGAGCGGGGAGGAAGGGCUCGAAGACGACUCGGUGGAUCAGCCGGCCGGACUGAACAGGCUGGUCCUAGAAGGGGACGCGGAGGCGGCCAAGACGAGGCGGAUGCGGUGGCUGGCGCAGGUGUGCGAGUACUGGCCGCUGAGGAGGCUUGCCGAGGUCAGCGACGAGGACGUCGAGGCGGUUCUGAAGGCGUACCCCGGUUCCGGGUCCGGGUCCGGGUCUGGGCCCAACGAGGACGGCCGGGCGGAGCGCCUCGACCGCGGGCUCCGGCCUCCCACGAGGACCGGGCGGGUGAUCCUGGCCGGCAGCGGGCCGGGCCAUCCGGACCUGCUGACCCGCGCGACGUACAAGGCGAUCCAGGCGGCCGACGUGGUCCUGGCGGACAAGCUGGUGCCCGCGGGCGUGCUGGACCUGAUCCCGCGGCGGACGCCCGUCUCGAUCGCGCGCAAGUUCCCCGGGAACGCCGACCGCGCCCAGGAGGAGCUCCUCGAGCAGGCCCUCGAGGGCGUGCGCGCCGGCAAGACCGUCCUCCGCCUGAAGCAGGGCGACCCCUUCGUCUACGGCCGCGGCGGCGAGGAGGUCGCCUUCUUCCGCCGCCACGGCCUCGGCGACCGCGUCGUCGUCCUCCCCGGCAUCACCAGCAGCCUCAGUGCGCCCCUGUUCGCCGCCAUCCCGCCCACCCAGCGGGACGUCGCCGACCAGGUCCUCGUCUGCACGGGCACGGGCAAGAAGGGCAAGGCGCCCCGGCCGCCCGAGUUUGUCGAGAGCAGGACGGUCGUCUUCCUCAUGGCCCUGCACCGCAUCGAGGGCCUCGUCGCGGAGCUCACCAAGUACACGGAGCAGGAGGAGGAGCAGGAGCAGGAACAACAGCAACCCGUGUCUCCCGGUAGCGAACAGGACGGAGAGGGAGAAGGACAAGGACAAGGACAAGGACAAGGACAAGGACAAGGACAACAACAAGGAGACGCAAGGCAAGCGCGGCGAGGACGGCGGGCGCUCUGGCCGCUCGACACGCCGUGCGCCGUCAUCGAGCGGGCGAGCUGCCCCGACCAGCGGGUCAUCCGGACGACGCUGCGGUUCGUGGCCGAGGCGAUCGAGCAGGAGGGCAGCCGGCCGCCGGGGCUGCUCGUGGUCGGCAGGGCGUGCGAGGCGCUGUACGCGCCCGAGAGGGGCCGCUCCUGGGUGGUCGAGGACGGGUUCCGGGGGGUAGACCUGGACUCCAUCGCGGGCGGCUCUUUCACCGCCGGCGGGUUGGGUGUUGCUGGCAUGGCUUAGGCCUGCUAGUCUCUCUCUCUGUCUGUCUGUCUGUCUGUUUGUCUGUACAUAUACAAUACGCACGAGUAAAACGGUAGUAUAUAUAUCACGUUGAUGAAAAACCAGCCUUAAAACUUCUUGGUACCGAC